AUGACGUCUUUUGAUCCUGAUCGCUACAUGCUUGGCAAUGCUGGAGCGCGUCGUUUGGGGCUCUUACUAGGGCAAAGUGAUCCAGUAACGGGAAUCACAGAAAUCCAACAACGUUAUCAAGUAAAGGUUGAAAACAUUGAGAACGUAUAUCCAUUGCUUGAAUUAAGUGGCACGUCAAGAUUCAAUAUUCAUGUGGGUAUUUUGGAAGCACUGAGGAACAAGUUUAUACAAAUUAUCGAAACAGAAAAUUGGGAUCACGAAAAAUUUACAAAGUUCUUGUCAAAGUCCAUGGGGUAUUUAUUUAUUAAAGAGUUUCGUCCCGUUGUUCUUGCACUUCUUAAGAAGUAUCCCGACCGUGUGACAAAAGACAUUUAUGAAAUGUUGGCGCAAGAACCGAACAUUAUACAUGAAGCUCCGAUCGAGAUCAAAAGAGGUUUAUAUGAGCGUAACAAAAAAAUGUUCAAGGUAUCUAUUCAAGCACAAAUAGUCAGUUAUUUUAAAGACCAGACUUUAGGUAUGCAGGCACGAGAAAUGAGAGGAAUUAGUAUUAACUGUGUUUUAGAUCGACGAAUAAAUGCACCUGGACUACAAUAUAUUAUUAAUUUGGUUCACGAAAAUUCUGUCCUUUUUGCUGAAUUGCAGAACAUUGUUAGAGAAUGGUAUAAAGAGUAUGGACUCUCAAAACUUUGUUCAUUCCGGUUUGAUUUUUUUAUGGGUAUGCAAAAAGCUGGAAGGAUUGCUAUGUGUAAGCAGGACCAUUCUUACAAUAUAAUUUGGUAUAUUAAUGGAGGAUUAAGGAAAGGUUUGGAUGAAAAGGCUGUCACCAGUAUAAAUAAUUAUUUGGCAAGAUAUAAGAAAACUACCUCUAGAGAAUUUUCAGAUGUCGCAAUGAUAUUCCAAGAUCCUAUCGUAUAUAAUGCUUUCUCCGCUCGUAUUGUCGAGGCUUUAAAAAAGUAUAUUUCCGAACACUUUAAAAAGCACGCCAAUAAAACAGUUGAGGAAAAGAAUAACACCAUCAAUUCAGCUGCGGCUACAUUAGUGAAAGAAAAAGAGUCAACUGUUAAAUGGUUAUCUUUAAUGGUCACUUUUGGCAGUUAUGCGCAUAAAAUGUUGAUAAGCAAGAAUUUUAAUAUGCCACAGGUGGAUGAAGAAAUUUACACUAUAUAUUAUAAAAAACUAUUACAUUGGAUGUAUGAUGAUAAAGCAAGAGAACUAAAAACGCGUCAAACUAUGGCAGCAAAUUUUACUGCAGAUGACGAACAAGAUGUGAAUACUACUAUCAACUCUCCACACAAUUUUGGAGAAAGUGAGCUUCGUAUCUUGAAAAGAAAUGAUUUGGCGAAAAAGGUUUUUUGUCAUUAUAUGCUUGAUCGUUGUGAAAAGGGCGACAUCAUAGCUUUACGACGCGCACUAAAUUACUUCAAAAUGACUAUGCCAACUAAUGAUUCAGAUACUUUGCAUGUUGAAGUUUAUGAAUCCAUGUUCCAAUCACUUAUCACCUUGCUUAUCAAGCAUCAUCGUAUUCGCAUACUUUUUUCAGAGAAAUGGCGAGGAGUCAUUAAAAUGUUAAUUACUACACCAUGGAAAUUAACAAUACAUGAAUUGGUGAUCAAACUUCUGAUAGAAUUUUAUAAUGAAGAUGUUAGUGAAACAUUAGAAAACCUCGGUACCGUGGAAAAGCUGAAGCAAGUAAGAGAAUGGAGUGAAAUUGCUGCAAGCCAUUAUUCGCAAUUUGGCAUAAAGCGGAACGAACGUACGAAAAUCUAUUAUUGUUACAAUCUUCUCGUAAAGAAAUCUAAUCAAUGCUUAAACGGGUUAUGGAGCAUUAAGCAGGAGAUAUGUCCCACUGUUUGGGAUUUAGGUAUCGAACAUGGAUCGGCAACAUCACAUGAAGACUCACAUACGAUCCCAAUGGAAUUUUAA